UGUUUACGUCGUACUCUUUCAGUCUAGUCCCCAUAUUUUAAGUCAAAACUCUUUGCCAGCUUCAAACAAAGAAAGAGAAGACAAGAAUGGACUUUCGUGGAGAUGCUAACCAGAGGAUUGCUAUGAUAUCAGCUCAUCUUCAACCUUCUUUCACUUCUCAGACGGAGGCCAAGAACACUGUAAUGGGAAGAAAAAACUGCAGAGGGAAAGGUGGGAACGCAGGAUUCAAAGUAGCGAUUCUCGGAGCUGCAGGUGGAAUAGGACAAUCUCUAUCCUUGUUAAUGAAGAUGAACCCUCUCGUCUCUUUACUUCAUCUCUACGAUGUUGUCAAUGCUCCCGGAGUCACUGCCGAUGUUAGCCAUAUGGACACUGGAGCUGUUGUUAAAGGAUUCUUGGGAGCCAAGCAGCUUGAGGACGCGUUAACGGGUAUGGAUCUUGUGAUCAUACCAGCUGGUGUGCCGAGGAAACCAGGGAUGACACGCGAUGAUCUCUUCAAAAUCAACGCUGGGAUUGUUAAGACACUAUGCGAAGGCGUGGCGAAAUGCUGUCCUAAUGCUCUUGUCAACUUGAUCAGUAACCCUGUGAACUCUACUGUGGCCAUUGCAGCUGAGGUUUUCAAGAAAGCUGGAACUUAUGAUCCUAAGAAGCUCCUUGGAGUUACUACACUCGAUGUUGCUCGUGCCAACACAUUUGUGGCUGAAGUUCUUGGACUUGAUCCGAGAGAAGUCGAUGUACCAGUCGUUGGUGGACACGCGGGAGUCACAAUCUUGCCACUGUUGUCACAGGUGAAACCUCCUAGUAGUUUUACACCUUCAGAAAUAGAGUACCUCACGAACCGGAUUCAAAACGGUGGAACUGAAGUUGUGGAGGCAAAAGCUGGAGCUGGAUCAGCAACACUUUCAAUGGCAUAUGCUGCAGCCAAGUUUGCAGAUGCUUGCCUUCGAGGGUUAAGAGGAGAUGCCAAUGUCGUUGAAUGCUCUUUUGUAGCUUCACAGGUGACAGAGUUACCUUUCUUUGCAACCAAAGUGCGUCUUGGACGUACAGGAGCAGAGGAAGUGUAUCAGCUUGGCCCCUUGAACGAAUACGAAAGGGUUGGUCUGGAGAAAGCAAAAGAAGAAUUAGCAGGGAGUAUUCAGAAAGGUGUCGACUUCAUCAGGAGGAAAUGAUAGUUGGGAAUAUAUCAAAUCAAUGAGACAGACAAUAUAAAAGAUGGUCUUUCUGAAAUCCUAUAUAUGAUCAUGUACUCAUCAUGUCCUUUGUGCCUCUUCUACAGCUUUGUAAAUUUCCUUUUUAUCAGUUUGUGUAACUCUGUGGCCUCCUCUUAAACGUACUCUUCUAUGGGUUUUUGAAAUGAAGGGACAUUACAGAUA